CGAGUAAACCGAAUCAGAUGGGCCUAAUCGAGGGCAGUGAUUUAAGUUCUUGUGCGGCGACAGCAUGCUGAAGGCCCGCCUGGAGGAGGACGCCGUCCUGGGUCGCUACUUGGCCACCUCCUCCGCCGUGGAGCGGGGCGACCUCGUCCUGGAGGAGCUGCCCUUUGCCCGCGGGCCAAAACGGGACAGUGGGAUCGUGUGCCUGGGAUGCUAUCAGUUUCUUCAGUUCGGUGACGAUGGUGAUUCGCUGGAUCGCUGCGAAGUCUGCGAUUGGCCACUGUGCGGAUCGUGUGCCGACGACGAUGACGCCACCGACCAUGAAGGAGAGUGCCAGGUCUUCUCCGCCGCACGUGUCACUUUCGCCGGGAAUGUGAGCGAUGACGGUGUCUGCCCGCAAUUAAAUUGCAUAACAAUAUUGAGAGUUCUCCUGGCCAAAGAGGAGGAUCCCGAAAGAUGGGACAGCAAAGUGGCUCCAAUGGAGCAUCACGAGGAGGAGCGGAAAAAGGACGCUGAUUUGUGGCAUGCGGAUCGUGUGAAUAUAGCUCAGUAUCUGCGGGGUCCUUGCAAACUGGCCUCCCGUUUCAGCGAGGAGCUGAUUAUGCAGGUCGUGGGAAUCCUGGAGGUAAACGCCUUCGAGGCAAGGAGCUCUAAAGGAUAUCCCCUGAGGUGUCUCUUUCCCUACACAGGAAUUCUGGCCCACAACUGCGUGCCCAACACAUGCAGGAGCAUCUAUCCCAGCGAGGGCUACAAAAUCCGCCUGCGUGCCAUGGUGGACUUGGAGGAGGGUCAGCCCCUCCAUCACAGCUACACUUAUACCCUGGAUGGCACUUCCCAGAGACAGAACCACCUGAAGCAGGGCAAGUUCUUCAGCUGCAAAUGCGAUCGCUGUCUGGAUCCCACAGAACUGGGUACACAUUUCUCCAGCCUAAAAUGUGGCCAGUGUGCAGAGGGAUUCCAAGUGCCCAGGGAACCCACAGAAACGGACACCAGUUGGAUCUGCAGCAGCUGUGGCGCCACCACCAGCAACACGGAGGCGCAGAAGAUGCUUCAGUCCCUUCAAGCCGAAGUGAAUGCGGUGCAAUCCCUGGAGAAUGGAGCCAAGCGGCUGGAGGAAGUGGAGCGCCUGCUGCGCAAGUACAAAUCCCUGCUCCAUCCACUCCACUACAUCGCCACUGGUUUGAGGCAACUGCUCAUCGAGAUGUACGGCAGGGUGAAGGGCUACGAGAUGGUCCAACUGCCGGACCAGAAACUGGAGCGUAAAGCGGAGCUCUGCCGGCAAGUUCUCCGGGUGCUGAACACCUUUGAACCAGGUCUAAGUCGAACUCGAGCUAUGAAUCUCUAUGAGUUGCACGUUCCACUAGUGCUCCUUGCCAAAAGUGGUUUUAUAGCCGGCAAACUAAAAGGCGGAGAGCUGCGAGCCCGCCUUGUGGACGCCAUAGAUCUCCUCACGGAAUGCGUGGAAAUCCUGGAGUUCGAGGACAAGAGCUCCCAGGAGGGAGUCCUCUGCGGCGUGGCCAAGCAAGCCCUGCAACAACUAACUCUUAGCGUAGAAGGCCUGGGCAGCGAACUGGAUUAAUUACUUAUGCAUAUCGGUUAGCUUUAUUGGGAACAACUGUUCAAGGGGCACAAUUUGCGGAUGACGGUGUUACAUUCAAAAUCUUGUUAGUGCUGGUUGAUGGUCGUGAAUGUCAAAAAAACAAUAAACUACAACUAAAGAAGGUGAUUACAAACAUUACAA